AUGGGCGGCGGCGUGACGGGUUGGCUGCACCGGGUGGCACUGGUGGCGGUGGUUCUGGGUGCGUUUGCCGAUGGUCGGGUGAUCGGUAGCGGUCGAAGAUUUCGCGACUACGAUUUUGACUUUUCGCACCUGGGCGAAGCGUUGUACGGGAGCCAUGAUACGGCGGCGAUCGGCGAGCUGGUGCGCGCGUGGUCCCGUGCGCACAACGGGACCACCGUCAACCCGGAGGAGCUGGGAACGUACGCCGAGGGGGACAUCCAUCAGCCGCUGAUCGAACGGAACGCGCUCAAGUUCACCAGCAGCAAGUGGAAGAAGGGUAUAGUGCCAUACGAGUUCAGUGACGAGUUUUCAAUCGGUGAUCUGGCCAAGCUGUUUUCGGCGAUCGAGCAGUUCCAUCAGAAAACCUGCAUCCGGUUCGUGCCGCGCACCAAGGAACGCGACUACGUAGUAAUCGAGGGCCGCAGCUCCGGGUGCUGGUCCGCGGUAGGCCGGAUGGGUGGCCGCCAGGUACUGAACCUCCAGCGCAGCGGGUGCCUUCAGAUGGAGGGCACGAUCGUGCAUGAGCUGAUGCACGUGCUGGGCUUCCUGCACGAGCACACGCGCCACGAUCGGGACCGGUACGUGAACAUCUUCUUCCGAAAUGUGCGCCCGAACCUCGUCAGCAACUUUGGCCGCGAGAGCGAAUCGCAGACCACGACGCUCGGCAUGCCGUACGAUUAUGGCAGCGUUAUGCACUACUCCAGAACGGCGUUCAGCAAAAACGGCAAACCGACGUUGGAACCGAAGAUUAAGUACAGCGGGCAGCUUGGACAGCGCGUCGGCUUUUCGGUGAAGGAUGUACAGAAAAUCAAUAAGCUCUACUGUCAUCGGUGA